AAUUCCGUUUUUAUUUUCGAUUCCGCGUUUGAGAUUUGCUCGCAAUUUGUAGGAUCCGUUUGAAAGUGACUGUGUAAAAGUGAAAGUGACCUAGUAGAGGAAAAUCAAUCCGAAUCGGUCGCACAAUGUCCAACGACAGCCAAUCGUCCGAAGAGGAAUGCCCCAUCCUCGGGACGCCCACGAUCGGGGAGGUGAAGGAGUAUCUGCGGCGGCUUCAGAGGCUGCCCAUGGAUCAGCAGGCAAACAUUACCUCGGAGACGUCGGAUGAUUCGUUCGAUAUCGAUGACAGCUUCCAGGCGAUGAUCGAACGCAAACGGCAGCAGAUGAUUGAGUCCAAACUGCGGGACGAAGAUACUACUGCUUCGACGGAAGAAGCUACAUCGUUUACACGUUUGUCCGAAGUAGGAGCCGGAGAUGCCAGUAGCCAGCAGCUCCGCCGUGGGAAUGAUUCGACUUUUAUCGAACACGAUUCCAUGAGGAAAACGACCGAUGAGAGCUUCGAAGAGAUGGAACGGCUCUGCUCGAUGAAUUUGAGCAAACUGGGAGUACAGCAGCAGCAUGAUGACGAGGAGGAGGAAGCCAUUCGCAGAAUCUUGGAAAGCUCGAAAAAUAAACCGAAUCAAGUUAGCGAUGGAACAGAACAGAAAGAUGCCUCCAGCAACGCUUCAACGGAGCUUGUAGACGAAACACAGCUGGAAGAUGUGGAGGAACCUUCCGGAAUGUGGGAGAACACCAUGCACCACCAGGCUGGUCCAAUGGGGGGCAAGGCUAUUUCUCCGGUGAAACGAAUGCAUAUGCUCCGGCCGUCGACGAUCAUUGAGGAGGCCACUAUCAACGAGACUACCGCUGUUGGUAGCAGCGGUACUUCCAAGAACACAUCCCUGGAAAGUUUCCUCACAGCUAGGCAGAAUCUGAACGGAAGCGGCGAUGACUGCUGUUCGGUCGUCACCGGAAGCGAGGCUUACCGUACGGCGAACGAAAGCAGAGAGGAUGAGAUUAGUAAGAUUUCGUCGACGGUUGAUAGUACGGCAGAUUCCGCUGUCGGAUUCGAUGCCACCACGAUCGUCGAGGAAACGAAGCUGGAAGCAAAGCAUAUUCCGCGUCAGGUAGGUGGACAGGGAAUAAGCGAAGAUGAUGAUGAUGUUAUUGUUUUGAGCUCAAGUGAUAGCGAAGCGGAAGAAGAAGGGGAGUAUAGUUCGAUUGACAGUGGAAACCCUGAUGGUGGAAAAUUGGAUAACGGAAGCUUGUUCAACAACAGUGACAGCUUGCAAGAGGAUUCCCUUUGUCAGGAAGAUAGCAUUGAGGGCGCAGUACCAGGAUCCCCGAUAUUGGACGCUGUGCCAGAUCAUUUCAACGAUACCAUGGAAGAAAUGGAAUUCAUGAUGCGUCAAGGAAUGAAGAUACUGCAACAACAAAAAGCUCAACAACAGUCAAUGUCCGAGAAACCCAAACAAACUCCGAGCAGUGUCAAGAAUACCUUGGUAGUAGGUUCACACCUCACCCCGGUAACGCCCAUCAGUCCAAAUCGGUAUCUUAAACCUAAACAGCCCACCUCUUCCAAUGCCAAACAAAAUCUUUUCUCAUAUAGCGCAAGCAACAAGCCCAAGUCCACCCAGAAACCGUAUUCCGCUUCUUCCAAUGGCCCGAGCAGUUGCGGAACGUUCAAGAAACCCGUCAGUCGAUUCCCACUGCCCAAGUCCGCCAAGAAGUUCGAUCACGUUGUUUCACCCAUCGGAGAGUACAUCAAGAAGACGCCCCAAACCAUGCUCCAGGCUCGAAUCUUCUGUCCCAACCGGAACCUGAUCGAUGUCCUGCACAAUAAGCACGACAACCGGGAUAGCGUGAUGAGUUCCAAGGAAAACCUAAUGCAGGAAAUCGAUCCCACGACGGAAGGUUACAGUUCGUCCCUGCCACGCAAGGGAGUGGUCAGUUCGAGGGGUGCUCACGUGCUGGACGAACGCAACCCGGUUCGGAUUCCUGGUGGCGAAAAGAUGCACAAACUCCUGAACAAUUCUCCCACCCUGGUGGUACGGCACGAAGGCCGACUCAAGUACCAGCGGGAAACGCAGCUCACGGAGGAUAGCGUCGUCGAUGACAGCAUGGCCGAUUUGUCGUUCGCAUCGGGCGACAUUUCGGUGCGGGUUUUGAAGGAUGUUAGGCGGUUCUAAUUCUAAGGUUCGUCGCAAACAAAUUUAAGUCGAUAUUUUGCUCAUGUGUGCUGCGGAUUUUUUUUGUCUCCUCGAUGUCUCGAUUUUAUAAUAUAGAUGCAAACCAAUCUCGUAAAUUUUGGGUUUCUUUUUUGGUUUUUCAUAUCACAAUUUCCGGGUUGGAUAAUUACGAAGAGUGUUGAAAAAAUCGAGUUUUGCAACAAGUCACUAUGCAAAAAAAACUGACUCGAUUUACGGCUGUCAUGUAGAAAAUUGAAACAAAAACAUUGCGUGUAUCAGAAAACUUGUUUAAAAUAAGAUACAACUAAAAUCCUAAUUCAAAAAGACAUUAUUCUAAAUCUAGAGACUAAUCCUUCAGAGUUUCUUUGUCGUCCCGAAGUGGACUACCUAGCGCUUCCUGCUCCUUGCGGAACAGAUAGUCCGCAAUGUAUUCGGCCUCUGCCCGGCGAUUCCGCGCCUUGUGCGGUUCGUAAACUUUCUUUACGACCACCAUUACGGACCCGGUAAUGAGAAUGGCACCGCCGAGUAUUGCCACUGGGGAUCCCCGCAGCACUCGGUACAUAUUCAUUAGUGUGAACAUUUUUUUAGCUUUCGUUUACUGCUACCUCCUUCACUAAAGUGGUUAGCUACCUACUUAGCAGUUGAUUUCGCUUGACCGCCUUCUACUGAGCCAGUGGACGAUGCGUUAUCGAGCUGGUACUGCUUGAAUGCCGGCUGAAACGCGUAGAACCCACCACCUAUGCCGAAUAUAGUCACAAGAAUGAUUUCCGGUAGCCUAGAUCGUCCGUAGCGCAUCGCUUC